CGUCAACGGUACAGUUUCGAUUUGAAUAAGUGCUAGCGCGGUCGUCGUCAAGUCCCUCGUGUUGUUAAGAAUUACUGUUCAAGUAAAAUCCAGUCCAGAAUGGUGUCCCGAAGCUGUAUCGCUGCGAGCCUGCUGCUGACCGUGGCCAUGUUUGGGGCCGGCGCCUUUGCCCGACCCGGAUAUGCCGUCGAUUAUUAUGAUCACCCCAAAUAUGCCUUCAACUACGGCGUCGCAGAUCACAGCACCGGUGACGUCAAGUCCCAGCACGAAACGCGUGACGGAGAUGUUGUGAAAGGCCAGUACUCGCUCGUCGAACCGGACGGUUCCGUGCGCACCGUCGACUACACGGCGGAUCCGAUCAACGGAUUCAACGCCGUAGUGUCCAAGACGGCUCCCCUUGUCCACCAUCCGGCGCCCGCCCCCAUCGUGAAGCACUACGCCCCCGCUCCGAUCGUGAAGCACGUCGCCCCGGCCGCGCCCAUUCACUACCACCAGCCGAAGGUCGUGUACGCUCCGGAGCCCGUUGUGCACGUGUCCAAGACUGCCCACUACGCCGAGCACGAGCCUUCGUACGGACACUACCACGAUUAUGAUGGCUACUACGGACACUACGACGAUAGCCACUACUACUAAACAAAAACAACCCAAAUGUCAUCCCAAAAUGAAAGAGGCCAUCGUCGUCGUCGUUGUCCCACCAUCCAAAUGAACAAAAAAAGCAUAAUCAUCUGACAGGUGAAAAAUAAGAUCGUCUCCUGUCAGAACCGUGUCGCUUUAGUUUUAAGAACCAACAACAACAUCAACAUCAAAACAACAAAACGCACUCUCCCGCGCAAUCAAGUUCAAGGUCGUCGCUGAACCUUGCUCCGCUAAUUUGAGCCACUAAGUGCAACUUAGUAUUCGUAAGCAGUUUUUAUGUAUUAAUCUUACGCGUAGACUAAGCUGUUUUACUCUCUCCGUCUCUUCCUCCCCAUUUAUUUAUCUUUUCUUUUUCCACCGUAUGUAAAUAAGUGUUUGUUUUCGAGCUCUCAACAUGCCAGUCGUUGUUUAGUUAUUAUCUCAACCGGAGAAUAUUUAAAAAAAACCCCUCAAUUUAACCAUUAUCUUGAUCGUUCCCAAAUACCCAAUAUCUGCUAUCUUAAGUGCCUUUAAUUAACUAUUGGCACGCUCUCUCCUCAAUCUGUUCAACCUGAACGUGCUGUACCAUUGGAAGGCAUACAAUUGUGAUAUUUGAUAAAUAUUGUUGCAAAAAAAAA